AUGACAGGUCCAACAGGGUUCAGGCAGACUGAGAGGCAGAAUCAGAGAAACAAGCAGAACUUUUUCAUUCCAGCAGCAGCUCUGACUGUGAGUCCCAGCAGAUCUCAGUUCUUUUCCAGAGAAUCUGUGUCUCUGAGCUGUGAGGAGAACAGCAGCUCUGCUGGAUGGACUGUAUGGAGGAACACAACCACAGAAACCAGGACUCAGUGUGGAGAUGGAUGGGGGGAACCAGCUGGUUCUACCUGUAAGAUCAGCUACCUGUACCCAGAUGACAGUGGAGUUUACUGGUGUUGGUCGUCCAGAGAGGGAGCAGCCAGCAGCAGCAUCCAGCUCACUGUCACUGGUGGAUCAGUGAUCCUGCAGAGUCCUGUCCUUCCUGUGAUGGAGGGAGAUGACGUCACUCUGAGCUGUCUAACAAAGACCACUCCCUCCAACCUCCCAGCUACUUUCUAUAAAGAUGGCUCCCUCAUCAGGACUGAGCCCAAAGGUCACAUGACCCUCCACCAUGUGACCAGCUCUGAUGAAGGCCUCUACAGGUGUAACAUCAGUGGUCAUGGAGAGUCUCCAUCCAGCUGGAUCUCUGUUGAAGGUCUGGUUUUGGCGACUCGCUGCACAACAAACAAAGCAGCUGCUCUGACUGUGAGUCCCAGCAGAUCUCAGUUCUUUACCAGAGAAUCUGUGUCUCUGAGCUGUGAGGAGAACAGCAGCUCUGCUGGAUGGACUGUAUGGAGGAACACAACCAGAGGAACCAGGACUCAGUGUGGAGAUGGAUGGGGGAAACCAGCUGGUUCUACCUGUAAGAUCAGCUGGUUGCUCCCAUCAGACAGUGGAGUUUACUGGUGUUGGUCGUCCAGAGAGGGAGCAGCCAGCAGCAGCAUCCAGCUCACUGUCACUGGUGGAUCAGUGAUCCUGCAGAGUCCUGUCCUCCCUGUGAUGGAGGGAGAUGACGUCACUCUGAGCUGUCUAACAAAGACCACUCCCUCCAACCUCCCAGCUACUUUCUAUAAAGAUGGCUCCCUCAUCAGGACUGAGCCCAAAGGUCACAUGACCCUCCACCAUGUGACCAGCUCUGAAGAAGGCCUCUACAGGUGUAACAUCAGUGGUCAUGGAGAGUCUCCAUCCAGCUGGAUCUCUGUUGAAGAGAAACCAUCAACUCCUGAUCCUCCAACUUCUCCUCCUUCUACAACAUCUUCUUCAUCUCUCUGCUACUUUCCUUCCUACCUUCUCCCGUUACUUUCAAAGAUGAUUCUUGUGGUUCUGCUGCUGGUUCUGCUGAGGAGACGAUGCUUUCAGAGGAAAUCUGAAGGGAAUCAAGACAUAGAAGGACAAAGUAUUACUUACAGUAACGUCAAUGAUUAACAUCAUCAUUGAUAGAAAUCAAAUGAAGGCGAAUUGGUUCUUUUAUUUUUUAUUUUUAUGGAUGAC